UGGCCAUGCAAUUUAUUUUAAUUGUUGCACUGUUCAAAAGUGGCCGUCUCGAUCUCAGGGAGACUCAGCUGUUCCAGUAUUUUCUGAAGACUAACUUUCAAAAUUUCAGUGAUCUGUGAGAGAUCAGUUACUGCCAUGGAAGGAGGGGAUAAUCAAAAGGAUGAUGCAACAUCCGAGAGUCUUAAACAGCAGAAAGAAAUACAAGAUAUACAAUUGUCAGGUGACCAAAGCAGCAGUGAGCAAGCUAAUGAGGAAGGAACUGAAACAGAUCAAAUGAUUCCAGAUAUCAAAGAAAAUAAUGCAGCGUCUUCAACUUCAACUGGAGAAGAAAAAUUGGCUGCAGAUAAUUCUUCCCAUUGUGACGCAGAAGACAAUACAGAUGAGGUGAUAGACAAGAGACAAGGUUCUGAUGACGAAGGCUCAAAGGAUGUCGAUGAGGAUGAAGAUAUGGAAGGAGAAGAUGAAGGGACCAAACAUCUGGGACGGGAGGGAGAAUUCACAUCUGAGAUAUUCAAAAUCAUGCUGCGAAAUCUACCAACAAGAUUUGGGUUUCAGCAAUUACGGAAGAUGUUAGCAGGCCUGCAGCUCAAGCCAAAGAAGUUGAAAGCUCUUAGAAAUAAGGAUUAUGCCUUUGUUACUUUUUCAUGUGAGGAGGACAGACAGAAAGCAAUGGAGGUUCUCAACAAGCAUGUGUGGAAAGGAAGACGAUUAUCAGCUAAGUUUGCCAAGCCAAAUGAGGAUCCUAUGGUAGCUCUGAAACGCAAACAAGAGAAUCAAGGAGGAGGAGGGGGCAAGAAGACCAAGGGGGAUCAAAAUGCUGAUGAACAUCUUCCAAUAGAAGAUAGAUUAAACAAUGCAGUCACUCCUCUGUGGAAACAAGAUUACCAGGAUCAACUCAAGGAAAAGCGGCAAAUAAAAGAAGAUUUAUUAAGAAGGCUUGCCAUAACGUUCUUCAACGAUAUACCUGCAAUGCGAAAUCACAUCAGUGAACAGAGGGAGAAAUAUGAUGGUUUAUGUUGUCAACUGGAAGAUAUUAAACCAUCGCCUAUAGUGACUGGUUAUCGGAACAAGUGUGAAUUCUCAAUUGGAAAAAAUCCAGAUGGAGAAGAAAAAACUGUUGGUUUUCGUCUUGGUCUAUAUAAAGGUGGUCAGAUAUCAGUAGUGAAUCCGUCUGCAUGUCCCAAUGUACCAGGAAAUUCCAAAGCUGUUGUCCAGUCCUUCCAGACCUACAUUAGACAGUCCAGUCUUCCUGCAUAUGACCCCAUGACCCAUAGAGGACACUGGAAGAUGUUAACGGUCAGAACGACCCAAGGGUCAGGGGUCAUGGCCAUGGUGACCUUUCAUCGGCAGUCCCUCUCAGAGGAUGAUGUGGAGAAAGAGAAGCAGAAGCUUGCUGAAUACUUUGGAGAAGGGGAAGGAAAGUCUUGCGGCAUCACCUCUCUUUUUGUGCAUGUGCAGUGGCAAGGGGACAAAAAUGCCAUAAAGUUUGAUCAUAUUCACGGAGAUCGCUACAUCACUGAGGACUUACUGCAGUUGAAGUUCAGAAUAUCCCCCGAAGCGUUCUUUCAAGUGAAUACACCAGCAGCUGAGCUUCUUUACACAACGAUAGGUGACUGGGCUCAAGUCACUAAAAUAACAACACUUCUAGAUAUCUGCUGUGGUACUGGAACAAUUGGAAUCUCUCUCGCCAAGAGAGUAGAUAAGGUGAUUGGAGUAGAAAUGAAUGGACAGGCUGUAGAAAACGCUAAAGAGAAUGCUGCAAUAAAUGGUGUGGACAAUGUAACAUUCUACUGUGGCAAGGCAGAAGACCUAUUGCCAGGGAUUACCAAUAGGCUUCAUAACAGUCUUGAUGUCAUAGGAAUUGUCGACCCACCCAGGGCAGGAUUACAUCAACGUGUUGUCCAAGCAAUCAGAAGAUGCCCAAAGUUAAAUCGUCUCAUUUAUGUUUCGUGUGAUGCAAAGCAAGCCUCCAACAAUUUUCUGAAUUUGUGCAGAUCAAUGUCAAAGAAGCAGAAAGGAGUUCCGUUCACAUUAGUCAAGGCAAUCCCAGUCGACCUGUUUCCACACACAAGCCAUUGUGAGCUGGUUCUGCUCUUUGAGAGAAAUCUCAGUAAAAAGACUGAAUCAAACAGCAAUAGUUCAUCUUCAUAGCAACAAGCAAAUCAUGGUUCCGAUGCUAGAUACAACAAUGGCAAAAUUAACAGAGUUAUAACUCGUUAAAAAUGGACCCAAGGAUUUUUCAUCACUAUAGCAUAUGCAUAGCUUCAUUGAAUGAAGGUGAUGCCAAAGGCAAUGAUAUAAUUGACAGCAUAAUAUAAUCAAACCUUUAUCAUAGCUAGCAGACUCAAAUACAUUAGCAUUAAUCUGGUUAUAUUCACCUGUAUUCAUCUCAAUCCUAUGUGCCUUCGGUGAGGUCUACAAUAAGAGCCACUAAACCAGACAUAGAUUUGGACAUCAGAACACUAGAGGAAAAGGAAUGGGAUCAUGACACAUAUUUCUAAAAUAGAUUGCAUAAUGCCCAUUUAUGCCCUGCAUGUUGUACAUGUAUCAAAUUGUCAGCUUCUUGCAAGAAGGGACGUAUCAUCAAUGGAAAAAGUGUGUCAUGAAAUCUUCUGGUACCUUCUUCUUGAACCUAAAUGUGAUGUCAUUAUGAUGUAAUAAGCAAAAACAUUCUGUGCUUUAUGCACAUAGUUGCAUCUUUUUUCUGGAGUCUGGAUCGCACAUUCACAUAAGCUACUUUAUUUCCGGGAACUUGAUCAGUGGAUUGCAUAUUUUACUUCCUGGAAAAAGGGCAUACAGUAUUCAUUCUUAAGAUUAGAAACCGUUAAGAGUGUUUUAAAUAAAAUCACAAAAUAUCAAUUAAGAAAAAAUCUUGGUUUGUCAAAAAGUUUGAGAAUUAGGACAGAAAAUAAUACGCUAGCUGCUGAAAGCACAAAAACAAGGUCAAAACAUAAUCUGCGUUUUCUCGAAAAUGUAUGUUUUGCGCACUUAGUCCCUUCUUGCGGGAACUUGACAAAAUAAUGAAUGGAUUGGCCAGUGGUGGACACAUGUGUAUUUGGGAAUAGGCAUGCACUAAGUAACACUGGACAGUGCCCCUCCCCCUAUCCAGGAAUAUUGAUGACUACCGUAUUUGUGUUAGACUUUUGUGAAAGAAAUUUGAUUGACCCAUCCUACAUUUACCUCUAAACUCAACCAUUUUCUGGGGGGGGGCUUCAUCGUGGGGCCCCCAUAAUUCAUGAAAUCCUUGAUCUGGCCACAACCCUGUCUUAAGCUGCAUAUGUACAUGUAGGCCAUACCAAAUGAAACUUUAAAUAUAUUGUAUUGCCUUGCUUUUUUAUUUAGGGAUUCACUAAUGAACGCCUGGAACAAAUAGAAUUUAGACUUAAAUUCUCUGUCUUUAUGGUUUUUUUGUAUGUGUAUUAUUUAAAUAAAGUCUCUAAAGAUAUAUGCUACAAUGGAAAUACAGAAAUACGGAGCAUAUUCAUCUUAGGCAGUGAAAACUCAUAAAAGUGCCAAUAGGUUUUGUUUGUUUUUUAUUUCUUGACAGUUAGGCCAAUGAUUUGGUUUUGCAUUUAAUCGCUGUUGUCUUAUGCUGAAGGGAGAUGGAUUUUUUCUAAAA